GGUAAAAGAAAGACCCACAUCGCGUAUGUAUAUCAGUAACAUCAACCAAGAUCUGGGGUUAAUAUACCACCACCCAUUUGAAAGAGAGAGGUGUCCUGUUCGCCUUCUCGUUAAGUGCUUCCACUUCAGUUUGCAAUACUGAUCACUGCUGUGCGCCACUCCGCUCGCUUCGGAAUGUAGACGCAAAGACGUCUGUCUCCACAAUGGAACUGCAAUCCGAACUGCUCAAGUCCAUCUGGUACGCGUUCACAUCGCUGGACAUGGAGAAAUGUGGCAAAGUGUCGAAAUCCCAGCUGAAGGUUCUCUCCCACAACCUGUACACGGUGUUGAACAUCCCUCACGACCCCGUAGCACUUGAGGAGCACUUCCAAGACGAUGACGAUGGACCGGUGUCAAAACAUGGCUACAUGCCCUACCUUAACAAAUACAUACUGGCCAAGGUCAAAGAGGGUGCAUAUGACAAGGAGAUGUUUGACGACCUGUGCUGGAUGAUGACCAUGAAGAAAAACUACAGACCUACCAGUGGCCAGGGGGGGCUGCUGUGCUCCCUGAGAGACUGCUUCAAACUUUUCUGUCUCUUCAACCUGCUGUCGGAGGACCACUACCCACUCAUCAUGAUUCCCCAGGAGGUGGAGUACUUGAUGAAGAAAAUCUCCACUGCGAUGAACCAGGAGUGGGACGGUAAGCCCCUGGAGGACCUGCUAUCCCAGGAUGCCUCUGUCCAGGAGGAGGGCAUGUCGGUGUGGGUGUUCCUGGAUCACAUGGGCGCCGGGAGGCUGCUGAGGGUCAGCAAUGCGGGUGCCUUCAGUCUGGCUCUGGACCAGGUCUUCUUGGAGAUGUACCACAACGUCCUCAAGAGGGGUUACAUGUGGAAAAAGGGACAUGUGCGCAGGAACUGGAUGGAGCGUUGGUUUGUACUCAGGCCAUCCUUCAUGGCCUACUACGCCAGCGAGGACCUGAAAGACAAGAAGGGAGAGAUUCUAUUGGACCAGAAUUGUGUUGUGGAGGCUAUUCCAGACAGGGAUGGGAAGCGUUGUCUCUUUUGUGUGAAGACCACCAGUAAGACCUAUGAGAUGAGUGCUGCCGACCAGAGACAGAGAGUGGAAUGGACCCAAGCCUUGCAGACUGCCGCCCGUCUCCAGGGUGAGCGCAAGUCCUCCCUGCACCAGGAACUAAAGCUGAAGAGGCAGGUCCAGCGCAAGCACAGUCAACAGGAGCGUAGCCUGAGUGCCAGCAGCAGCCGCGGCAGCCAAUCAGAAGAGCUUACCAUUCAAGAUCUGGAGAGGGAAAAGGAACGGCAAGGACAGGAGAUAGAGAGUAUUAUUCAGCACCAGCGAGAGGUGGAGGCACGGCGCAGGGAUGAGGAGGAGAAAGAGAGGGAGCAACAGAAGGAGGUCCAGAGAGAGUUGGAGAGACAGCUAGAGGAGGCAGAGAAGUUGCGGGAGAGCAUGCAGGCUGAGAUGGCAGAGAAGGAGAAGGAGGCCGAGCAGCAGCGGAAGAGGAUCCAGGAGCUGGAGCUGACCCAGCAGAAACUGGAGGCUGCUCUCAACACAGAGAUACAGGCCCACAUGGAGGAGGAGAGAGUCAGGCUGGAGCUAGAAGGGGUACUGCAGGCAGAGGAGGAGAAGAGCAGGCAGUGUCUGCUCCUCCAGGAGCAGCAGGAGGCAUCCCGCCACUUCAGCUCCACGGAGGAGGCCCCAAACGGAGCUAAGGAAAAGCGGCCGGCCCCCUCUGCCCUCCACUAUGCCUCCCAGGAGCUCCAGAGCCUCCGAGAGACCCGAGAGAGGAGUCACCAGCACCUGGAGGAAGUUCAGGAGAAGCUUCGUAAAGCCAGCAUCCAUGUCCGACACUGGAACGUUCAGCUCAACCGCCUAAUGAAACCCAUCGCACCUGGGGACAAGUUAUCAUCGUUGCCAGCGAAAAUCACCUGCCCGAAACAGGAGGGUGCAUUAGCCAGCAGUGAGUUUAUCGCUAAACUCCAACCAAGAGCCAAUCAAGAAACUCAGCAAAUACUUGUGAGCCAAUCGGAUACAGAAGAGAAAGGGCUAAAGGAACAGGUGGAAGCUAUCACCCUGUCAGAGCCUGGGGGAUCAUGAUGUGUCAUGGGUAAAUUGUGACUGACUCACUGACUGAUCUACAAAUAAUAUUGUAGUUAUUUAUGAUGCAAGGAUCUUUGCAGAUCAGUCAUUCGGCAGUCUGUACUGUUGGCUGCAAUGUCGAACAUUCCCAGUUGUUUUACAUGUCAACAGUCUGGCCGAGUUCCUGCCCGACUAGAUGUGCAGGUGUUGCAUUGCAUCAAUCAAUGGUUGCGUGCUACAUCAUCGACUGUGCAGUCAGGCAUCAGAUUUCUACAUCAUAUGAGGUGCUAAGCUGAUCUGUUAAAUACCAAUCCAGGCUUUGUAAGAUCUAGAAUGUAGUCGGGGAGGAACCUGACCUCUACCAAUGGUAGUGCUGACUAGGAGAUUAGUAGGAUCUGUAAGAAAUAAAUUGAUCGAGGAGAUACUACCUGUGCAAUAAGAAUGCUAAUUUUAGUAUCCUCCUUCACAAAAAAUCUUCCUUUCCGUAUGAACAUGACCAAUGAUGAGGACUAUGAUUCUUGGCAGGUGGACCCAGUAGCCUAUACACUACUUCAAGAACUGAGAAACACCUCAUCAACCAACUGACUGUUCAGAUUUCCAUCUUGCUAGGGGACAACAGUCAUUGUAAAUGAUAGAAUACCAAGCAUAAACGACAGGUUUGAAUUUCUGUACAAAAGAAGUGUGCGUACUAGUAUGUAGUGUGUGAACAACGUGAUUGCUCUCUUCUCCAUUUGAUAAAAGGCAGUCUAAUAAACCCAUGUAUGACAUUUUUUGUCAGGAAAGGAAAAGUGUCAUGUCACGAAAAAUCGGGACACGCAAAUAUGUACAGUCCCCUUUUGAAUUAGGACUAAUAUUCAGCACAACUUUUAUUCUUGAAAUUCAAUCUCUUUGAAAUAAUGUCUUAAAUCCUUUUGAAAAAUAUGUCUGUGGCUUACAUAUACCCAUACCGAUGCCUAAUAUAUAUGUAACAUAUGUACUAAUAUUUAAAAUAAAUAUAUCUAAAUACA